AACCCCUUUAAUACGCAAGUUGUGCUCGAUAAUGUACGACGCAAUCGUUUGUUAUUCACUCGCGGAAAUAUAUCGCAGUAAAGUGCUCUAGCAAAUGGUGGAUACGGGAAAUCAAAAUUAGCAUGCGAGCGUCAAGACGUUAAAUACUGUGUUUCACCUGGUGUGUGGAGUGUUUAUUUGUGUUUUGAAGUAUUAUCUCGGAUAUCACAAUGAGUGCACCGAUCAUUAUCACUGUCCCAAAUAACUACCUGGCGGUGGAGGAGAUGGACUCCGAUGUUGUAGUCGACGUCACCUCUGCUCCACCGUCUAGGAAGCGACGGCUGGAUCAUCUAACAUGGGAGGAGAAGAUGCAAAGAAAGAAAUUAAAGAAUCGCGUGGCAGCACAAACAUCGCGCGACAGGAAAAAGGCCAAAAUGGACGAGAUGGAACAUCGCCUACAGGAGUUCAUGGAGGCGAACAAACGAUUGACCAGCGAGGUGGAGAGUUUGAAGGCGUUGAACGAGCGUUUGCUCAGCGAGAACGCUGCGUUACGCAGCGAGGCGGCGGCGCGGACCGUCGCGGGGGCCCCAGGACCGGCAGAGUCUCCUCAGCAGAAGGACGGGCCCCCGCCGGCGAUCCGCGCGGCGCGCAUGCUGCUGACGAUGUUGCUCCUCUCGCAGACAUCCUCGCGCACCUCGACUCUGAAGAGUACCUCGAUAGCCUCCAUCAACUUGCAGACUCCUUAUUACAAGAAAUUGGCGCAAGUGUUGCAGGAGCGGCUGAACAUGUCUCAGACAGGAAAACUGGAGAGUGCCCUGAAGGAGCUCAAGUGGUGGGGACCGCAGCAGAACACCUGGAAUCCGGUGAAGGUGCAGUCGUAGACAUCAAACAUGAUGUAGACAGAAUACUGUCCCAGCACUCUUAUGCUCAUCCCUACGCACCCGACAUUGUCGUAACAGAGCCUAAAGAAAUUGUACAAAUAAAGCAAGAAAAUGAGAACGACAAAGGAGACAUAUUCUAUGCUAGUUUCGAUGAAGCCAAUGA